CAAACGGCUGCAAAAGACCAGAGAUCGAGAAUGGAAGAGCGACCGGGCUGGAGACCGUGUACAGACUUACAGACAUCGUUGUCUUCGAAUGCGAUUUUGGUUACGCCUUGAAGGGCUCUCAAGAGUCUCAGUGCCAGUUUGGGGGCACCUGGGACCCUCCUGUCCCCGUCUGUGAAAAAAUGCUACAGUGUCCUUCCCCUCCAAAUAUCAAAAACGGCCAGCAAGAGAGAAAGGAAGUGAAAGCGUUCAUCCCUGGAAUGUCAGUGAAGUACUACUGCGACCCCGGGUACGUGCUCACCGGGAAAACAACAGUUACGUGUUUGACAUCUGGAACCUGGAGCAUCCCUUACCCCCGGUGUGAAGUGAUCACUUGCACGAGCCCCGACGUCCAGAACGGAGCAGUGGCUGAAGGACAGAGCGCUGUGUACCGUCCCGGGGCCAACGUCACCUUCCAGUGCCAGCCGGGCUACGUGCUGCGGGGGAAAAAGUGUGAGCAUCCAGGAGAACUGGAGAACGGCAGAGUUAUCGUGACAACAGAUCUCUUCUUCGGGUCAACAGUGAAUUACACCUGCAACGAAGGGCACAGACUGGUUGGAGCAUCCCAGCGGCACUGUGUGAUUUCGAGCUCGGGGACGCGAGUGAGGUGGAGUGAUGAUCUUCCCGUCUGCCAGAGAAUCGCCUGCGAUCCACCUCCGGACAUCCCCCAUGGGAGACACAGCGGGCACUCCAUGGACACCUUCUCCUACGCGGACGUGGUCACCUACACCUGCGAGCCCGGGCACCCGCUGGCUGGAGCUGCCUCCAUCUUCUUGCCGCAGUGCUCUCACCCUCCAGCCGUUGCCAAUGGAAAGCACAGUGGCCAGGCCACGGCCGUCUUCACCAGCGGCAUGUCCGUGAGCUACGCCUGCGAUCCUGGCUACGUUCUUGUUGGAGAGGCACAGCUUAACUGUACUUCUUCGGGAGCUUGGAGCGUCCCUGCCCCUCGGUGUGAAGGGAAGCUGUGUCCCUCCCCAUCGGCGAUUGAGCAUGGCCAGCACGACAACAAGGAUGUGAAAGUGUUCAUCCCCGGAACGUCUGUAAAUUACAGCUGUGACCCCGGCUAUUCUCUUAUUGGAAAAACAACUCUGUACUGUACGGUCAAUGGAACCUGGAGCAUCCCUUACCCCCGGUGUGAAGAUGGCUGUGGUGCACCUCCAAACUUAACCUUCGCUGAGCUAACUGAGGAACACAAAAACCGGACGGAGUUUCCUGUUGGGGACACCGUGCGAUACAACUGCCAGCCGGGAUACAUGAGACACCCCGGAGUACUCCUAACUCUGACAUGCCUCAAAAACCACACGUGGUCUGAAGCGCUAGCGUUCUGUAAAAGUGAAUAG